GCGGGUCAGGGCGGAGCUGAGGAGACGGCGGAGGCGGAAGCUGCGGCCUGAGGGGCGGGGAAGGGGCUGGCCCCGGAAGGCAGAGGAAACCCUGAAAAGAAAACAGCAACAAGCUGAGCUGCUGUGACAGAGGGAAACAAAAUGGCGGCACCGAAGGGGAGCCUCUGGGUCAGGGCCCAGCUGGGGCUCCCGCCGCUGCUGCUGCUGACCAUGGCCCUGGCCGGAGGCUCGGGGACCGCUUCGGCUGAAGCGUUUGACUCGAUUUUGGGUGAUACGGCGUCUUGUCACCGGGCCUGUCAGUUGACCUUCCCCUUGCAUACCUACCCCAAGGUGCCCGCCAAUUUGUACACAGUGGAUCACACAGAAGAGGAGUUGUACGCAUGUCAGAGAGGUUGCAGGCUGUUUUCAAUUUGUCAGUUUGUGGAUGAUGGAAUUGAUUUAAAUCGGACCAAAAUGGAAUGUGAAUCUGCAUGUACAGAAGCAUAUUCCCAAUCUGAUGAGCAAUAUGCUUGCCAUCUUGGUUGCCAGAAUCAGCUGCCAUUCGCUGAACUGAGACAAGAACAACUCAUGUCUCUGAUGCCAAAAAUGCAUCUACUCUUCCCUUUAACUCUGGUAAGGUCUUUCUGGAGUGACAUGAUGGACUCUGCUCAGAGCUUUAUAACCUCUUCAUGGACUUUUUAUCUUCAGGCUGAUGAUGGAAAAAUAGUUAUAUUCCAGUCUAAGCCAGAAAUCCAGUAUGCACCACAGUUGGAGCCGGAGCCUACAAAUUUGAAAGAAUCAUCGCUAAGCAAAAUGUCCUCAGAUCUGCAAAUGAGAAGUUCACAAACACAUAGGAACUAUCUUGAAGAUGGAGAAAGUGAUGGCUUUUUAAGAUGUCUGUCUCUUAACUCUGGGUGGAUUUUAACCACGACUCUUGUCCUCUCGGUGAUGGUAUUGCUCUGGAUCUGUUGUGCGACCGUUGCUACGGCUGUGGAGCAGUAUGUUCCCUCUGAGAAGCUGAGUAUUUAUGGUGACUUGGAAUUUGUGAAUGAACAAAAGCUAAACAGAUACCCGUCUUCUUCUCUUGUGGUUGUUAGAUCUAAAGCUGAAGACCACGAAGAAGCAGGGCCUCUACCUACAAAAGUGAAUCUUGCUCAUUCAGAAAUUUAAGCUUUUUUUUUUUCUUUUUUUAAAGUAAGGGUAAUAGACAUCUAAAUUUUCAUUCCUCAUAGAGCUUCUAAAGAUGGUUUCAUUGGAUAGGUCUUAAAAAAUCACUAUAAAAUGCAAAUAAAGUUACCCAAAUCUGUGAAGACUGUAUUUGCUGUAACUUUAUCUGUAAUUUCUUUUCUAGUAAUUUAAGAGACGGAUAUUUGGGAUUGCAUUUUUAUUUUACUAAUAUCUGUAGCUGUUUUAUUAUUUACAUUGUUUUUGUUUGUUUUCUUUCUUAGCCAAAUUCUGUGAGCUGAUCAUUGCUCUUCCCCACCUCCUGCCAUAAUACUGUCACCUUAAUUAAUAAACUCAAUACUCGAUAGGAUUUGAUGCUUUUGCUCAGAAAUGGCCCACAAUGUGUAUUUUGAAAUUUAGCAGGAAAUGCCCUUUAAUGACACUACACUUUCAGUUGUAUUGACUGAAAUCAUUAAAAUUUUAUUUGAAUAAUUAUGUGCUGAAAUUUGAGUUAAUAUACUCCCAAUUUUCCAGAUUGUUCCUUUCACCCCUACCCAACCAGAAAAGAAUUUUGAAAUGUUCUGUCUAUUGCUAUGUAACAGGAUGGUCAGAGAACAAACUGAAGCGAAGAUGACCCUUCAAAAAGUGCGUUGUAUGUUGUAUGUGUAGGCUAUCAGAUUUUUGUUGGAUGAGUCUUUCCAAAGAACUAUUUUUCUUUGUUAGGAAGCAUAUCAUAUGUAAGUUAAAGAUAUUUUCAGAGAAAAUUUCUCAUGUUGCCUGUGAGAAUUAGACUCUUGCGAUGCAGUAUUAAGUAUAGGUUUCACUUGGCAAAGACUUGUUAUUAUCAUUCUUUUAACAUACAGUGAUGCAGAUUUAAAAGGAAGAGUGACACAGUACACCACAGUCUCAGCAUGAAGUGUUACAGAACUUUGCAGAGCAGUGCCUUCCCGAUGCCCAGGGCACACGGGGCAUUGCUGGCACAGGCCGUAGAGCCACUGGACCGCAGGGAGUCACACCUUACCUGCCAGCCAGGCCACCAGCUCUCAGAGUCAGGAGGACACACAGUUAACUACACAAGUAACACUUCGGUCACCAAAUGAUAGGUCUAGAUUUGGAAGACAGAGGGUUUGAAAUUCUGUGCACACAUCCAGGUGGAGAGGAGGGAAGGAAUUACAAGGCAGUCAUCAAGUGGUCAUUGUCUCUUUCUUAUUUUUUUGUGAGAAAACAGUUGAAAAACAUGAGGAAAAGAUUGGAGUCAGCUAAACCACCCCCCCCCAGCAUGAUACACGCUUAUGUCCCUUAGUUGGGCACAGACUUCCAAGUAAUGCAGUGCACGAAGCAAGCAGAGGGGGAGAUCUGCCAAGUGCUGCACGUGUGUAGCAGCCUGAGAGGCCGCUGUUAGGAAAGGCCUUCCCUCUGAGGGAAGUGAAGCGCAAAGUGAAGCCUAGAUAGGAAAGAGCAAGUGAAUAAUUCUCCCAGAUUCGUCCCCCUUCCUUUGGUCUUGUUUCUCUUUGCUUCCUGAAUGAGGUGCUCCUGCGACACUCUCAUUUCUCUUGAAAGUCCUGAUUCAAGUUUAGCUAAACUUUCCCCUUGUUUAAGAGACAAUUCCAUAUAUGUGGAAAUACCCAGUCAUUCCUGUUAUUUAGUAAGCGCUCAGAUAUUCGUGUUGUGCCUUUUUUAGUUUAGCAUUAAAUCAGACUGACGUUUUUGAAAAGAGUUUUACUUUAAACAAAAAACUCACCACCCCUCUAAAAAUGCAUAAGCAUGUUUGACUUGAAAUUCCAACACAGUCAACAAAACCAGUCCCUUUUUUAAAGUUUAGCCCUUCUUGGAUGGGUCCCUCUUCACCCGCUUCCAUGAGACAGGCAGCGUCUGCUUUCCUACCACACAGCAUUUUGAGAAUCUUAUCUUGGUCCUAGGCAAAUUGUUAAGACCCUUGAGUCUCUGGUUCAAACCUCCUCUAUUCCUAAGGUCCUUGUAUGAGGUCCCUGGUCUAAGAGACAUACUAAUUCAGGCAGUUGCAGACAUGUUAGUAACCACCGCAAUGAAUGUUUUAGGCCCAAGAUUGCCAGUCUUUUAACAAAACUUUACAGACCCUUUUAUUUAUGAUAUAUUUUCCCAGUAAAUCAGAAAUUACUAGGUUAUUUGGCCUAUCAAUCUUGUCUCAGAUUUCUAUGAUGCGUUAUCAGCCAACCUGAACUGCUGAUCAUCACAUGAAACCUACUAUUUUUACUUCGAUAGUCCAGCCAAAGCAAACAACUUUAUUCUUUGUUAUUGGCCUGGCUUUAUCUUAGAUAUAUGUGUCAUUUGCAUUAUUUUUGAAAUAUAUAAAUUAGCUGUUAAGAUUUUUAUGGGCUCUUAAGCAUCUUAGGAUACAUAUUGGGAAUUAUUGAUCUAGAGGCUUUAGACCUUUCCUGAUAAAAUUAACCAGGUCCCACCCCCUACCCCACUUUUGGAGCAGACUAUAAAACAUGUCUGAUCUGAGUCCCCAUACUACCACACCGUGGCGGGGAUUUUGUGCAGGUAUCCUGUUCCAGAUUCCCAGUUUAUCCAACAACGCUGUGAGAGCCCGAGUGUCCUGCCCCUUGCUGGGCAAUAGGACUUCAACAACAAACAAGACUGGUUGCUCACAGACUGUUAAUGUGAGAAGGUCUAUGACAAGAUAAGCAUAGAGUAUAGUAGGAGGACAUAGGAGGGCCUGUGGGAGGAAGUGGUAUCCAAGCUUAAAUCUGGAGGAGGACGUAAAGUCAAACAAAAAAGUACUCCAGGCAGUGGGAGCAGUGCACUCAAAGACCUAGACACUGGAGGCUGGGGACAGCAAAUUGGUUCCCAGGUUGUGAUAAAACGUGCACAAGCACAGCCAUAGAUGUGGCUGGGCAGGCAAGAUCAUAAAGGACCUUAUAAAACCUGGACUUGAUCCUGAGCACAGUGGGAACCAUAGGAAGGCUUUAAGCAGGGGAAUUACAUUGUUUUAGAACCAUAUACUUGCCAACAAUGGGGAGGAUAGAAUAGACGGGCAAGUUCAGAAGUCGAAGAUACCAUUUCUGUAGUAACCAAUAAGAUUUACUAAAUUAUAUACUUACCCAGCCAUACUGAAAUGGGAAAUUCUGUUCCCUUCCCAGAGUUCUCUUUUUUUUUUUUUCUUUUAAUGCCUAAUACUAUUUCAUUUUAUUUCCCUUAUAUUUUUGAGCCCUUAUCUAUAAGUCUCUGUAUCCCCCCACUCUAUUUUUGGGUGGUAAAUCCUAGGACUGGUCUUGGGGUCCUGAUCACAAUCUAACUGUUGCCAAGCAGACUGGGAAGGCUGUUUUAUAGAGCCCUAGCUUCUUACCAGACGAACGAUGGGCUAAAUUUUUAAAAACCACAAUGCUAGGUCAACUUACCACCACGCUUAAAGUCUAGGUUUGCCAACCCAGCCUCUACCAACCCAGUGUGCUCCUGAGCCCCUCCCACCAGGUGGCCAGUUGCUAAGACUGUCAGGUUUACAUUUGUGUAUCAUCAACAUCCGAGCUACCUUUUUAACCUUUCUUUCCUUGACUACUUGUUCUAAGCUUGAGUCCGGGGGUGGAAGUAAGUACAGUAA